AUUUGACUAGCCAAUUCUAAAGAAACGGGAAUUAUCCGUUUACGGCACAAGUGCGCGCGUGCUCCGUGCGUGCGCGUCUAUGCUUGUGUGUGCGUGUGUGUGUAGCGGCGGCGGUGGGAACGGCAGCCAAGAUGGCGGCGCUGAAAGAGGAGCGGAGCUACGGGCUGUCCUGUGGAAGAGUGAGCAACGGCAGCAAUGUCUCCGUCUUCCACGUCAAACUCACUGACAGCGCGCUGAAGGCCUUCGAGGGUUACCGGGGCGGCAAGGUCCGGUCAUCACAACCAUUGAUCACAUUUAAUGGAAACCAAGGGAAAAUUUCAAUACCACGGUCCGAGAAUUCCAAUGAACUGCACACGUUUACUUUCUACCUGUCCAACGUGGGCAGAGAUAACCCGCAGGGCAGCUUCGACUGCAUCCAGCAGUACAUCAGCAGCGAGGGUAGCAUUCAGCUGGACUGUUUGGGCGCCAUCCAAGACAAGAUUACCGUAUGUGCCACGGACGAUUCUUACCAGAAGGCCAGAGAAAGCAUGGCCCAGGUCGAGGAGGAGACGCGCAGCAGGGGCGCCAUUGUCAUCAAGCCCGGCGGCAGAUAUGUCGGCAAAAGGGUUCAGAUCCGGAAACCGGCAUCGACCCUGUCCGACGUGGCCCCCUCGCGCAGGACCUCACGGCCCGUCAUCAUCUCCAGCAGCGCGGUCAAGAAAGCAAGCACUCAGCACCGGCCGCUCCGAGAGCGCCUGGUCCACCUGCUGGCCCUCAAGCCUUACAAGAAGCCCGAGCUGCUCCUCAGGUUGCAGAAAGACGGCCUCUUGCAGUCUGACAAAGACGCCAUGGACAGCCACCUGCAACAGGUGGCAAACUUGAAUGGCAAAGAUAACACCCUCACGUUAAAAGACUUUUUAUAUAAGGAAGUUCACAAAGAGUGGCCCGGAUACACGGAAGGAGACCAGCAGCUUCUCAAGAGAAUCUUGUUCAGGAAGCAGUGCCAGUCUCAGAACAGUGCCGCUCCUCCUCCAGAGAGCCCGCCCAAGGAGUUAGCCAGCAGCUCACCGUCUCAGAAACGUCCCGCUGCAGACUUCAUCGACCCCCUCGCCAAUAAGAAGCCGAGGAUAUCGCACCUUGCCAGCAAAGCUGCACCCAGUCCUAUUAAUGGCAAGCUCAACUCAUCCAACGGCAAAGGGGAGGCAGGCGGAGCGCAGCCGGGACUCGGCGCUCACCUGUCGGACGGCGCCCCGUCGUCCGGCUCCCAGCCGCUCUCCAUGCUGGAUAUCCCGCGACCAUUUGAAGCGUUGUCAGACGUCAGCAACGACUCCAGCCAUAACGGCAAAGACUGCGACGUCCAGGAAACCACGGCGGAGAGGCUCGGCCAAGCGCCUACGCUUCCUUCGGCGACGGCGGCGGCGCCGCCACCCACCGGCGCGCCUCCCGCUCCGCCCCCCCGCGCCGAGUCGGCGGCCACCGGCAGCAAAAAGCCGAAGAAGAAAUCCAAGAAGCAUAAAGACAAGGAGAAGAAAGACAAAGAGCGAGCCAGAGGUCCAGAAGAAGCGAGGAAGAGCCCACACUCAGUGCCUGAGCCUGACAGAUCCUGUGAGAUGAGCCCAGAAAACCUCAAAAGCAACAGUAUUCCACUCAAAAGCACAACUCUGAAUGGGAUGUGCAAUAGUACCAGUAUUUCAUCGUCACCGGAGGUGGCCGACUACUUAUUGAAAUACACAGUGAUCACAUCUCCAGAGCAGCGUCAGAGGUAUAAAAACGACUUCAAUUCGGAGUACACCGAGUACCGCGGUUUGCACGCUCGCAUCGAAAGCAUCACCAGGCACUUCACUGAGCUGGACAAUGAGCUGAAGAAGUUGCAGCAAGGCACAGACAAGUACAAGACAAUCCACAAUCAGAUACUCCAAGAGUAUCAUAACAUUAAAAAGAUCAAUCCCCACUAUAGCCAAGAGAAGAACCGCUGUGAAUAUCUGCACAACAAACUGGCACAUAUCAAAAAAGUCAUCGGCGAAUACGAUCAACAGCAACUCUGAAAGUAAAAGUACUUAUUUGGAUGAGGAAAAGGGGGUGGGUGGGUGGGGGGGGGGGGGGGGUGACGCCUCUGGAAUAUAUAUUUUUUUUGCAUUUGGACAAAGAUGCUCUCAUUUAGGCCAAAGGCUCACGUGAGGACUCGAACAAGGACGCGGAAUCUUUGUCCUCUCUUUUCGUUGCGGAAGAUGUCCCUGCCGGCCCUCGUAAGGCUUUUUUUUUUUUUUUUUUUUUUUGUCUUUCCUUUCUUCCAGUGAGAUAUUAAAGAAUCAGGGAAUUAAAAAAACAAACAUUUCUUUCCAAGGAGAUGUCUGUCCUGCUUUUGAGACUUGGAAGCGCAGGCCAAAUGUUUGUUUCAAGUUAGGAAAAUCAAAAGAAACAGUCUUCCCCGCCUUAUAUAUUGAGAUGUAUUUAUUUUCACAGCCACAAAAUGACGGGGAAUAUCGGAGCUUUCUCAAGGCCAGGCCAUCUCUCCUCAUUUUGAACGUCAGCCAGUAUUUUAUUCAGAAGCUGCCUUUUGCCCUUCAUCUCUCUUUAAAGAGAGCCCACACAUGUCGAUGGAGUUUUCGCAAGUCUUAAGUUCCACAAGCGCUUUAAAGCUUUUGGUGGCCAAAACAAAGCAUCUGAUCGAAGUUACAAAUGGGUGAAACCUUCUUAAGAAAUUGCCUAAAACAAGCAUUUAACCCAAAAAUACUCUACUGAAGCGAUGGAUUUUUGGAGGAGUUUCAGGGUGAACCUAAAACUCACUUUGCAAGUGUUGAAUCACAGUGUGUCACUGUUCCAGUACUUUUUGCACAAUUUUCUGUUCUCCCACAUUUCACUUUGAUGCCUUUCUGUGACUCCUCCAGUGUAUCUUUAUUGAAACCUGGUAAUGACACUCUAAAAUUUUUGAACAAAAUGUAUUGUACAAUCAAAAAGUACUGAAACAGCUGACAUGCGUUGAAGUUCAAAGGUCAAUUGAGGUUCCGUUGUUAAGGUAGUGUGUUUUAGGUUCAACUCGGAAGCUUUUUUGUGACGAGCAUAUAUAUCAUCUCAAUCGUACAUUUAAGUAUCUUCAUUUCCAAUCACGUUGCGUCCGCACGACUGUUAACACGAAGCCAUCCUCCUCCGCAACAGACUUUUGCCCCGCUACCACUUUUUGCCUUUUUCCCCCCCAAAACUUGAUGUCAGACAACCUUUGUGUCAGGGGCGGGAAACCUUAAGCCCUUGUGUGAAGCAAAAUGACAAAAAAAAUCUGGAAGGACUUUGAUGAAAUACUCACUUAUUUUGUCGUAGAUUUAAUACAGCCACCCUGAUAGGAAAAAAACAUCCCCUGCUUUAUGUGAAGAUGACAAAUCAGCACUUUCCUCCGUCACCCUGCUGUUAUCUGUGAGGGUGUUUGUUUUACUUAUUUUUGUCCAAGUGAUUUUUUUUUGGGGGGUACUGGAGCAGAUUGAGAUCCAAGCUCCGCUCCAAUGUGAUCAAUUGAACUCGUGUAAGGAUUUUUUUUUUUUUCUUCUCCGUUCAGUGCUUUCCUCAUUUGAGAAUUUACAGCACUCUUUCUGUUUGCAUACUGACCUGCCCUGGUCUCAAUGAAAAUUCAGCCAGGCAGGAGUGAUUGUGCCAAAAUGGCCUGUUGUGUAUACAUUUUCUUUUUCCUCACCUUUUCUUGUCUCGCUGAUAAGCAAAUAAAGGAGGGGGUGAGGGACUCGGGAGGCAGAUGAGUCUGGAAAUGUCAGCGCUUAAAACCCAAAGCACGCUUUUUUGAAAACCAUAAGGGACUGGGACUGAAAUGAAAAAUCUUGUUUCAAUAAAAAUUCUUUCAAAUCCUAA